GUAUCCAAUUUUGUAUAAACACACCAAAUUACAGGACUAAAUUCUGAAAUGAAAUAACUCAAAGGACCACCCACAAAUAAAUUUUCUCAAAACCUAGGCAAAAAUAUGCUCUGAGCACUCUGCAAAAACUCACACUACAAACCCCCAUAGAAAUCACCGCCGCCGUCGCCAUCGCCACCGCCAUCUGCAAGCUUUCCAAAAUCCAUGUGUGUGCACAACAAACAAGUUCUUCUUCCAGAUGACAUCAUCGAAACCAUCCUUCCCAAAUUACCCGUCAAAUCUCUGCUCAGAUUCAAAGCCGUUUCCAAAUCAUGGAAAUCCAUGAUUUCAGAUCCAGCAUUUGUCCGAAAAAAACAUCUGCACCAAUCCUCCCAGCAAGACAACCACCUCUUUCUAUGGAAAUCGAAGCAGUGGAGCUCCGGGUUUUCCGUGGUUAAAUUCGAGGACGGGAAAUUCCAAAUCCUGCACGAUUUACGAGAAUGCCCUUACGGCUGGGACACCGUCGUCUCCUUUUCCGCCGGCGUGCUGCUCUUGACGGAAUAUUCCGACAGCACAUACGUUUUGUGGAACCCUUCGACUCGGGCGAAGACGAUGAUUUGGUUCCCUUACAGAUUCAAUUCUCACCCGAAGAGUUACGGUGUUUGUUACGAUUCAGUUUCGGAAGAUUUUAAGAUUGUCGUUAUUUCAUCCAUGUCUAUGAGAGACUACGCCGUGUAUUCGUGUAAGAACAAAAUCUGGACGAAGAAGAAGAAGGGUUUUCCGGGCACGGGCCGAUUAGGAAACGAAUCAGGUCUCUACGUAAACGGGUCUAUCUAUUGGGUUUAUAGGGAAGGAGAUGCUAGAAAAAUUGUGUAUUUUGAUUCGGGCGACGAUAAUUUCAAGAUUUUGGAUAAGCCGAAGGGUGUUGGGGAAAACAGGCCGAUUUUCUUGGCUUGUCUGAAGGGGUGUUUGUCCGUGUAUUGUAACGGAGAAAACGAGACGGUUGUUCGAAUUUGGAUAAGGGAGAAGAAUAAUUGUUGGGUGGAGUUGGUUACUAUCGAGAACGUGGAUACGGUGAUCGAGUUGUUUGACGUGGAGUUUGUAGCGGAAAAUAAGGUUGUAAUACGUUCGAACACUACUCGGUUAAUGAUCUACAACAUUUCGGAGAAGAGGUUUGAAGAUUAUGACGACAAAGCGGUCUUUGGCUAUGCAAUGGUUCCUUACUUGGAGACUCUUUUCUUCCCUAUCGAAAACACGAGGCCCAAGAGGAAGCGUAAGUGUUUAUCAUGAUUAUCCGUUCGUUCGUCGUUCGUGUUUCUUUUAAGUAGAAUUAAAAUCCGAAGUUUUUCGUCUAAUUAUGCUUUGUAGUUCUUGUACAUGAAAAGUGGUGCCACUAGGCACUAUUUACCGAUUCCCCAUUAAUAAAAAUUGCUGUUGUUUUUUC